CCAUUGGCGGCGUCGGUGGCGCGAGCGGCCGCGGGAGCCCCGAGCACGCCGGAGGGGCGUGGCGGCGCACGCGCGCUCCCGAGCGGGAAGGGGUGUCAUGGCGGCGCCCACGCUCCCUACCCCCAGGUACGACCACGUGGGGCCGCACGGGCCUUUCCGGGACGUGUACGAGCCGGCCGAGGACACCUUCCUGCUGCUGGACGCGCUGGAGCGGGACGCGGCCCGCCUGCGGGAGGCUCGAGUUGAGAUCUGCCUUGAAAUAGGAUCUGGAUCUGGUGUGGUUUCAACAUUUCUAGCUUCUUCCGUUAUUGGCUCCAGCGCGCUGUAUAUAUGUACAGAUAUCAACCCAAUGGCAGCUUACUGUACACUGGAGACAGCUGCACUUAACAAUGUUCACCUUCAGCCAGUCAUUACUGAUUUGGUCAGAGGACUGUCUCCAAGAUUAAAUGGGAAGGUUGAUCUACUGCUAUUUAAUCCACCGUAUGUUGUAACACCUUCUGAAGAGGUGGAAAGCCAUGGAAUAGAGGCAUCUUGGGCUGGUGGCAGAAAGGGCAGAGAAGUAAUGGAUCGAGUUUUUCCAUUAGUACCAGACCUACUUUCACCAGGAGGAUUAUUCUACUUGGUCACAAUAAAAGAAAAUAAUCCAGACGAAAUUCUGGAAACAAUGAAGAAAUAUGGCUUAGAAGGCACACGAGUACUUUCCAGGCAAGCAGGACAAGAGAUGCUUACUGUCCUCAAAUUUAAGAAGCCUUGAUAACUGCUCUUAACCUUGCCAAUACUAGGCAUGCAGAAAGCUGAACACAGGGUACUGAAAUUAUCAAAUCAAUUUUUAAGCCAAGACUUUCACUGUCUUAGGGUGUAUACUCACUUCCCAAUUACUGCAGUGAGACUGAUGAAGAGACCGUACUCUUUUUUUAAUUAUUAUUUUUAUUUUAUCCUGGAUGUUAACCAGCUGUUCUCUGCUGUCAGAAGUACAGUUGUCCCCUGGCUAUCUACAGGACAGUUGUGGGGGAAUUGUGAAAUACCCUACCUUGUUGCAUUUGCACUUAAAAGCCCUAAAGACUUACCUCUAUAAAUAGAUAUUUGUAUAUUUGUCAUUGUGGCUUAUUAAAAUAACAUACUUGGUAUAA